AUGCUAUAAUCUAAUCAGGUAUAUCAAAUGUAGUUAUUUAGAGUAAAAAUGAAGAUUUUAUAAAAUACUGGUCUGAUUAAUUCAAAAAGUGCUUUUCUGUUUUAUAGUUAGUCUUAAACACUAUAUUGUCUAUAGUAUAAAUUUCUUAGUCAGUAUAAAAAUCUUCAUAUUUAUCUGCAAUAUUUCUCUGAUAUCCAAGCGCUUUUUUAUGAAGCCCAACUAUAAGUCUGUCUAAUCUAUUUCGAGGAUUAAAAGGAUUAAUCGGUCCUCUCCUCAUAAAGAACUAUUCAUAAUUACCCUAUAUUCCUAGAAUAUCCAAAAAAGCUUUGGAAUAGCCAAACUUUUGAAUCACUUGCUAACCCUCUUUAUUAACUUUUAUCAAGUAUGAGACAAAUUUAUUAUUAAUUAUUUUUUCAGAAAUAAUUUUAUAAGCUUAUUCAUAGGAAGAACUCAUUUAUUCUUGCAAUAAUGCUUCAAGAAUAUUUUCUUCUUUUAAGUUUGGGAGAAUUCUUGUAAGACUUUUUUCGUAUUACUUAUAACUCUACAAGCAAUUAUUUACAAAGUUUUGAUAGAGAACUAUUUUAUCAGCUAAUAAAUGAGCUUUUUAAUUAGGAAUACUGUUUAAAACUUUUGCAAAAUCACCAAAUACUUUAGAGCCUGUAUUAUUUGUAUCUAAUUCUACUUCUAUAAGGUAAUUAUUACCCAUAAAAUGGUCUAUUAUUUAAGGGUUAAGCAAAUCAUCACCUUUAUCAGUUUAUGAACUAAACGAGUUUUAGUGAUCUUGAUUCCCUGAUUCUUCAUACUCCUUACAAUUAAUUUGGUAUUAUUACAAAAUUUAUGGAAGUUAUGAGUGAGCGAUUAACUUUUUUUCAACUUUCAAAGGAAUGCGCCAUGUAUUAAAAUCACUGA